AUGAAAUUUAUAUACCACUUGUACAGCACCCCUCGGAAGGUCUAUAUCCCAUCAUUUCGAGAGCUUCUGACUGGGAAGAUUCGAUGUAAUAAGACAAUCCAAAAGCAAGCUCAGAGGAAAACUGAGCUUCAAGAGAGAAUUCUCGUGAGCAUCACUCCUGUUAAGAAUCCUAACCCAGUAGCCAUGAUGGUUGUGGAAAAGUAUAAGAACAUAAAGAAAAGGGAAAAGCAGCCAAUGACUGUGGAAAGAGGAGCUAAAUCUCUUUCUAAAUUUCUUGGCAUAUACCGUACAGGAAUGGCAUCUAUGCUACAAGGUUACCGCGAAGUGACCACUGACGAGAAUUUCAAGUUUGAUGAUGGGACUACAGUCAAGGAGAGAAUGGACAGGUUCGAGAGCAGGAUGAAAUAGGUCAAAAGGAACAUAUUCAGACUUAUACUUCAACCUUUAG